AGCACCAUGGCCGACGACGGCGGUGGGAGUUCCGCCUCCGCUGAGGCGCCCAGUCCGCGGGGCUCCCCGGCCCGGGCGCCGCAGGUCCCAAGCACGGUCGGGCCGGGCGGCGGCUGCGGGGAGACCCCGCGGACGGCGGCGCUGGCGCUGCGCUUCGACAAGCCCAUCAAGCAGGCCUUCUACAACACCGGGGCCGUGCUGUUCGUGUGCCUGUGCUGCGGCGCCGCCGUGCUCGUCUACUUCAUCCUGGAGGCCUUCCUGCGGCCGCUGCUGUGGGCCGUGCUGUGCGGCACCUUCCUGCACCCCUUCAAGAGCUCGCUCACGCGCCUGGGUCGCCACUGGCUGCAGCGCCUGCACCGCGCGCACACGCCCAUCGUGCUGGCCGCGCUGCUGCUGCCGCUCUGCUUCGCCGACUACGGCGUCGAGGCCCUGGGCGAGCAGGCGCUGCGCCGCCGCCGCCUGCUGCUGUUGCUCGGCGCCGGCGGCCCGCUGCUCUACGGCCUCUACAGCCUGGGGAGCUACCUGGGCGUGCAGGUGCUGCUGGCCCACGCCGGCGCGCUCAUCUGCCGCGGGCUGGACUACUUCAGCAGCCUGUGGAUCUGGACGUUGGUAGUUGGCUAUGUGUUGGCCGUUUCAUUCAAGUGGAAUGCGAACACUGAACGCUACUUGAGAGCAGUUUCGAUUCCUGUCUGGAUUAUAUUGCUUUUUCAUUUAGCAUCCCUAGCUGGCUCAUGGAGAAUUCCAGUAUUCCUGGUUAUUGUUUUCCUGAUGUCUGUGGGCACCCUCUAUGAAAAACAGAAUGGAAAAGAGUCUGCUGGGGCAGAGUUACCAGGGCAGGUUAUCUCCAUGGCAGCUUCUACUCUGGCGACCUUGGCCAUCUCUAUCACAGGGUAUGACUCGAGCACUGAAGACCAGCCCUCGACCCAGCCUGCAGAAACCAUGGACAGAGGAGAACCCCCUCCAACACUGUCCUCAUCUUCUUCACCUCCCUCCCCUUCACCCACCCUCGGCAGACAAAGGCCUGAAAUCGGAACGUUUCUUAGAAAGAAGAAAACAAGUGAUAUCUACUUUGUGUCUCUUGUUUGGGCCAUCGUUGGAGUCCAGAUCUGGUUGAACCUGUGGAUCGUACAGCUGCUGCCAGUGCCCAUUGCAGUCUGGAUACUCAAAAAGCUUGUUAUUCACUUUGGAGUUGUGAACUUCCUGGAGAAGCGCCGUUCCGUGUGGUGGCAGGUCAUAGAGCACUUCCUGAAGGAGCGGCAGGGAGCUCUAGCUCCGUGGCCAAUUAUCGGGCUUGGAAAAUUCUUGUUAAAAGUUGAUAGCAAGCUCUGGCACUGGCUAAAUAAGAAGAUGAUCAUCUGGUUGGAGAAGAUGUUAGACAAAAUAAUUAGCAUUUUCAUCAUAUUUUUGUUAGUGAUAGGAACUCUUCUUUUAGCCCUACUCCUGACCGCAAAGGUACAUCAAGAGAGUGUACACAUGAUUGAAGUCACAAGCAAUUUGAUUAAUGAGACUCUAGCGAAUCACCCUGAGUGGGCAAAUUGGCUUCCUGAGGCUCAGGUAGUCCAAAGAGCACUCAAUUCUGCGGCUAACAAUGUGUAUCAGUAUGGACGAGAAUGGAUAACCCACAAGCUUCAUAAAAUUCUGGGAGAUAAGAUGAACAAUACUGCUGUAAUUGAAAAGCAAGUACUAGAACUGUGGGACAGACUAUAUCAUUCUUGGUUUGUAAAGAACGUAACGCAUUCUGGAAGGCACAAAGGACACAAGAUGCAUAUAAGUCGUCAGAAUAGCUGGCUGGGAGACAUUCUGGACUGGCAGGAUAUCGCUUCCUUUGUUCACGAGAACAUUGAGACAUUUCUUUCGAUCUUAGAGUCUCUGUGGAUUGUUAUGAGCCGGAACGUGAGCCUGCUUUUCACCACUGUCACUACACUGCUGACCAUCCUCUUCUACAGCGGGACUGCCCUUCUCAACUUUGUGCUGUCUCUGAUAAUUUUCCUGACCACACUAUUUUAUCUGUUAAGUUCCAGUGAUGAGUACUACAAGCCGGUGAAGUGGGUGAUAAGCCUGACACCACUGUCUCAGCCAGGUCCUUCUUCUAAUAUUAUUGGCCAGUCUGUGGAAGAAGCUAUCAGAGGGGUGUUUGAUGCUUCCCUCAAAAUGGCUGGCUUCUAUGGAUUGUAUACCUGGCUGACUCAUACUAUAUUUGGCAUCAAUAUUGUCUUCAUACCAUCAGCUUUAGCAGCAAUCCUUGGAGCAGUGCCGUUUCUGGGAACAUACUGGGCAGCAAUACCAGCAGUUCUAGACCUGUGGCUUACACAAGGCUUAGGAUGCAAAGCCAUCUUACUGUUGGUUUUCCAUCUCUUGCCAACGUACUUUGUAGAUACUGCCAUCUAUUCUGAUAUAUCAGGAGGUGGCCAUCCUUACUUGACAGGCUUGGCAGUGGCUGGCGGAGCAUACUACCUAGGCCUGGAAGGAGCAAUCAUCGGGCCCAUACUUCUCUGCAUACUUGUGGUCGCUUCCAAUAUCUAUAGUGCCAUGCUAGUGAGUCCCACAAACUCAGUGCCCACGCCAAACCAGACCCCAUGGCCUACUCAGACUCAGCGGACUUUCCGUGACAUUUCUGAAGAUCUGAAAUCGUCAGUAGACUGACAUGGCUUCCACUGCAGUGAUUUCUCUAGGAAAUUCAGCCUUGACUGUGAGUUCAGCUCAGCUGUGGCCUUCUGUCCUUUCAGCUGUGCCUAGCAAGCAGAGCCCAGGAAAAGAAGCAGAAGCCUCCUGGCCUUUCAUACGGAAUGCCUGGACAAGAGAGAACUUGCUGUGGGCUGCUUUGCAUUUUAAAGCACAGCUUUAGAGCUUGGAAAUGUGGUUUGCUCACUGAACUGUCGCUAAGAUGGCUUGAAAAGUUUGUUUAUACACUGGUACCGUGGCUUGAAAUUUUCCCACUUUGGUUGUCUAUAUUAUUAUAAUGUGUAUUUAUAAAGUUACUUUAAGAGCCUAAACUACCUGCUAUUAAAAUUGUAUACAAUGUCAUUUUCUCCUGCUUUAAGAAAUCUAUUUUUGAACUUUUCUAUGAUGGUCACUUUUCAAUGAAGAGGGCUUUCACUUUUGAGUAUAUAGUUGCUUGAGCAGGAAAAAUGAGUCUUCUACCCUUCUCCCACAGUGUAUAGUCUUCUCUUUAAGAAAGAGCA